AUGCAUGAACUCUUCCAACCUUUCUUCGAAGGAGCGUCUUCCUCAACAGCAACCAACUCGACGUGCCCAUCCUUCGUGACCGGUGAAACUGUAUGCCUUCCCCCAAUCAAAAUUCCUUUCUACUUCUCCCUCCGCCAAAACCUAUUUGACGGCAUUCCCGACAUUUACGUCUCACUUGCUACACCGGUGUUCGUAUAUUGGUUCAUGUCUCUCAUAUUCCACUGUCUUGACAUUUCUCGCUGGAAAUGGCUCCAUAAAUACCGCAUUCACGAGUCGGAGGAGGUCAAGUCUAGGAAUCUGGUGACGCCUCGGGAGGUUGCGUGGGCCGUCAUACUCCAGCAAAUAACGCAAACUGUGCUAGGUUUAGCAUGGUUGGCUGAGUCCCCUGAAAUCUCGGUUGCUCAGUGUCAGAGCGAGAUGGAGCACUUGGGAAGAACGUUGGUCUCGAUCGUGUUAUGUAUCCUGGGUGAGGAGACAGGGUUGAAAUUCUUGGAGCUGCGGGGGCCUGAGAUGACCCAUUGGCUGUACUGGUGGGGAAUUCCAGCAGCGCAGAUCUUAUUCGCGAUGUUCAUCGCCGACGCCUGGCAAUACUUCCUUCACCGCUUGUUGCACACGAACAAGUAUCUCUACAAGAAGAUCCACUCCGUGCACCACAGACUCUACGUCCCAUAUGCGUUCGGGGCAUUAUACAACCAUCCUGUCGAGGGCUUCUUGCUAGACAGCCUUGGUUCAGGCGUUGCAGAGUGCCUCGCGCGCCUUUCCAUUCGACAGUCCAUUUUCUUCUUCGCGUUCAGUACAUGCAAGACUGUCGACGACCACUCGGGUUACAGCCUCCCCUUCGACCCCUUCCAGAUGAUGAGCGGAAAUAAUGCAGACUACCAUGACAUACAUCAUCAGACUGCCGGUAGCAAGUCCAAUUUUUCAACGCUUUUCUUUGUGCAUUGGGACGCCCUCCUUGGCACGCGCAUGACCAGAGAAGACAUUCAACAACGUAGGCAGAAGGUCAAGACGACGUGA